UUUCAGACACAGCAAAGUAUUUCUUGUUCGAGAGUGGAGGUCACGUGUUUCCUGCUUGAGAGUGGAGUUGCACGUACUGAUUAAUUGUGUUGAUGAAAGGAAACUUACUUCGGAGCUAUGGCAAACUACGAUCCGAAACAGGUUAAUGUACAAAAUUGUGUUCCAUCCUCGAAACUCCAGAAUGCAAAACUCGACGCAGAAUCUCCAUAUGACAGUAGUGGAAACAUGGAUGCUAAAACUCACUCACCACGGGAACCCGGUCUUGCAUUAGACACCGAAACUCCACCGAAAGAGACAAUUGAACUUAAAAGCUAUAGAAAACCCGGAGAGAAAACAUUUACUCAGAGAUGCCGACUGUUUGUCGGUAAUCUCCCGACGGAUAUAACUGAAGAAGAUUUCAAGGAACUUUUUUUUAAAUAUGGUGAGACCAACGAGGUGCACAUCAACAAAGACAGAGGAUUCGGCUUUAUACGCCUGGAGACAAGGACACUAGCAGAAAUUGCUAAGGCUGAGUUGGAUGGCACAGUACUAAAGAACAGGAAUAUUCAUAUCCGUUUUGCAACUCAUGGAGCUACACUUACAGUACGAAACCUUUCUCCAGUGGUGUCUAAUGAGUUGCUGGAACAAGCCUUCUCUCAGUUUGGUCCAGUAGAUCGCACAGUUGUUAUUGUUGAUGACCACGGCCAACCCACAGGCACGGGUAUUGUGGAAUUUGCCAAUAAGUCUGCUGCCCGGAAAGCUUUGGAUCACUGUGCAGAUGGAGCCCUUCUGCUUACAACGUCUCCUCGUCCAGUCAUUCUUGAGCCAAAAGAACAGUUUGAUGAUGAGGAUGGGCUUCCAGAAAAGCUAUUGCAGAAAUCAGCACAAUAUCACAAGGAAAGGGAGCACCCACCACACUUUGCAGAGCCAGGCACCUUUGAGUUUGAGUACUCAACACGCUGGAAGGCUCUGGAUGAGAUUGAGAAACAGCAGAAGGAACUGGUAGAGCGAAACAUCCUAGAGGCCAAGAAGAAACUGGAGGCUGAAAUGGAGGCUGUCAAACAUGAGCAUCAGCUUAUGAUGAUGAGACAAGAUCUCAUGAGACGUCAAGAGGAGCUUCGUUUCUUGGAGGAGCUAAGAAAUCAGGAGCUGCAGAAACGCAAGCAGAUUGAGCUAAGGCAUGAGGAAGAAAGACGUAGACGUGAGGAAGAGAUAAAUCGCCAUAGAGAGGAGGAUGACAUGAGAUGCAUACCAGAUGGAUUUAAGCCCAGUUUCACAGAGGGUGCAAAAUAACAGCUACACUACAUAAAAAAACUGGACUACAAACAAAAUGAUGCCUAUCUCUACAUAUCUUUGAGUCAACACAGAUUCUGACAAAACAGUUUUUUUCUAUCUACAUUAGUGAUGGACUCAAAACUGGUUAUUAGUAUUGUUUAUUUUUUAUUUUUAAUAAAACAGUGAGACUUUAAAAUAGCAUUUAGCAAUUAAUUAGGGUUAAAAGUCUACCUGCAGUAAAAUUUUAUUUCCAAUAAAAUUUUCAUGUGUUGCAUAUAUUUAAUUUUUUUAUUACAGCAUCAGUUAAUUUAUUAAAAUAGACAAAGUUAGCCUGAAAUCCUAAUGUAAUUGUCAGCCCUUUGUAAUUGUGCAUUGUGUUAUGCAUAGUGUGACACUGUAAUUGUCUGUCCUGUAGGGAUGCUCCGAUCUAAUUUUUGCAGCCGAUACGAUUACAGAUUUGUUAUCUUCGUGAUCGUCCGAUUCCGAUUUUUUUUUUAAGCUGAUAUGCAAUCUCUUUAAAGGCGCUCUAAACGAAUCUGUGUGACGUCACUUCUUGUUGAUGUUCGAAGUGUUGUCAAACAAAACGGAGCGUAGCUAAUUCCUCCCCCUUCCUCUCCCUUCUCUUUCACUCUCCCCCUUGCCCCUCCCUCUCCCUUCCAUGCUUCCGCAUGUGCACUGACCCCCCAAACCCCACCCCCAAAUCCUUCUUGUCGUUUAUUGGCUGGAACACGUUUGUUAUGUUUUGUUAUGCUGCGCCACUAUGUUUUUGUUGCCGUUUGUGGAGUCUGGGUUGUCAACAGAGACCGCGUCUUUUUACAGUGUGUUCAGGGGACAGGCAGCUAGCAGAUAGUGAGGAGAUGUUUGCUGUAUGUAACAACAAAUGUUUUAUUGCUUAAAACGUGUGAAUUUGUUAGAGCGCCUUUAAUGACUGUAACAUUUUUUUCUAGAUAGUCAUACCACAGAUGUAGCCUUUGUUAUAUUACUUGCAGUAAUUAGGUAUAUUGUUGUGUUAAUAGAGAAUCAAAUAAAUAAGCACAACACAUAUUUAUUCUGCAAAGAGAUAAAGGCUAUUUCUUUAAAAAGGUUAAUGUCUCUUAAAAGUAAUGAAAAUUAAAUACUUUGCAGUCUUUAGUGUAUAAAUUAAAUAUACACGCAUUCGUAUGAAAUAUAACAGUUCCUAAGUCAAGAGCAGAGAGUGAUUUUAUUCAGAGAUGAAUUAGGAUACUGUAGCUUUAAGACGUGAGAGAGAGAGAUUGCUCUAUUCAGGUGCACUGAUGACAGGCUACUGUGUGUAUGCACAGGUAUGGCAGGUGUACGCAGACAAGAGCAGCUGUGAGGAAAAAGAAAGUUUAAACGGUCAAAACUUUAAAACGCAUGCAAAUAAUAAACUCUUGGAAUGAGGAUGCAAUUGUCCACGAUAGAUAUCUGUUAGAAAAUACACAUAUCUCUGUAAAGGCAAAGAGAGAAAUUCAAAUCUGCACAUCGCACAUGAGCAACGGGUUAUAAAAAUGCUCGCACUACGUAAAAAUGCUCUCUAACUGCAGCUGCAUUCAGGAUCCCUAUGAUGACAAAAGUAAAUAGAAAGAUCGGUUUAUGAGAUCGGCAAAUUUAGCGAGUACGGAUCAAGUCAUUUAAUGCCAUUAUUGGCCGAUCGAUCGGAGCAUCCCUAGUGUCUUGUCAGCAUAACAUCCCAAAUUGCAAUAACAUAUACAUUUGUAAAUGUUUUAAAAUGUUGGUAGCAUGCAAGCUUUGUUUUUUUAGAAAUUAUUUGCUAGAAACAUUAGCAUACUGUAAUUGUUAAUACAAUAGUCUUGUUAACGGGUUUACAGGCACCACUGUUAUUGUUUAAAACUGUCCCUACAGGUUAGGAUCAAAUCUAAAGCUGCAAUCCAUAACUUUAGCCUGUAUAUUGCCCCUCUGUUUGAAACAUAAAAUUGCAGCUUUUUGCUGUAAUUUUCUGCACAUGUGUUAUGCUUUUCCCCAGAUACUACUCUGCACUGAUGAAUGAUGUCUUUGUUUACUGCAUUAGAGCAGAUCUGUCAUGUUGUAUGUGACGUGUAGCUCAACAUAAAUACGUUGCUGAUAUCUUGCAUGUUCAGAGGAAAAUGCCAUCUCUGUGCCAGUAUUGAAAAACCCAUCAGAUAUUAGCUCUGGUUUUAGCACAAGCUCUGUCACGUUUCCUUUUAAACUGGAGGUUUUCAACAAAAAAUUAUUUCCCAGUAAUAAAUUGACAUGUUUA